AUGGGUGACACCCUCCACCACCUCGUAACGUACGGCAUUCGGAAUAACCCUAAAUCACUUAUUCCGAACCCCAUCCCAACCAGUAACACCGAAAGCCGAGACACGACUCCAGCGGCCGCCUCAUCCCGAAGUAGAAUCACUGGUGUAGCACUAGGUGCUCUGGGCGGUACGCCCCUUGUCGUACACGCCUUACAAAUCAUUGUCGUAUUUCGCAUACUCGAACAUUUCCACGCUUGCACGUGCGAAGUAGUCGCGCUAACGAGCAUGUUUCUCACACCGAUUGGAAUGCUGCCUAAUUCGUCAUCAGAUUCGGACGUUUGGGUUAGCCCCGUUGGACCAAUGAACGACUUUGGGGGCUAUCAUUGGCGACAGAUGAGUCCAAUCAUUCCGGAUGAUGGAAUGGAUGAAAUGUCGUCCGGUGAACGGUAUUGGAUCUUGGAGACUAUCAGGUUCAAGCCCAUCGAUUCAGAUAUCCUCAUCUGUAUAUUUUCGCUCGUCCAUCUUGAUAUCCCAUUUCUUACCAUCCGUCUAAAAUCUAUUCACCCUCCCCAACCAAAUACCAUCCAUCCUACCAGACCCAAGAUGGCUUCUACUUCAAACAGCUCCACCACGAACAGCUCCUCCUUGCCCUCGUCUACUUCUACACCUCGUCCCUCAACUACCGAGACACUACCAGCAUACACGUCCACACAAAACUUCUACGGCGCAUUCAACAACUCCAAUAAAUCCCUCGUUCAAGUCUUUACUCGAAGGAAUUCUUCAGAGAGCUCGUCAAGCGAGAAGACGGCAGCGAAGAAGGCUGCUGUGGCCGCAUCAAAUGCGGGGAAGGAACCCGAGGGUGUUCAGGAGUCCGAGAGAUGGAUAUGCGGGAUACUAGCGAGAGAAAUAAAUGUAGACUGGUUGGGGAUUAUACCCAGAUUGUAUGGAAACCUGCAGGCGGCUUCACAGAUUGGCUGGUUCGUACAACCACACUGGAGGAGGGAUGCUUUUGGUAUUAUCAUAUCCGAAGUUCAUUAGGAGUGCUAUACGACAAGGCGAUAACAAUCGCCUCUAUUCUGUCUGCUGAGAAAAUGUUUCGAUAACUCUAUUACGUCGUAGUCCACGCUCAGUCUCGUG